AUGUACGAGGAGGCCAUGUCUACAAAUGAGAGACUCAAGUCCCGGCUGCAGGGCAGUAAACAAGAGCUGGUGUUGGUACAGACUCAGCUGGAGAAAGUCACACAGGUGAUUAUCCCUAACUGGUAUUCAUCCGCCACACAAAAUAGCUCAAACCCUCAUCCCAAACAUCAAAGAAAACGGAUGAAAAUUACCAGUUUGCAGAAGAGUCCAAUGAAAAAGUACACUAAAGUAUGUGGACACCUGCCUGUCGAACAUCUCAUUCUAAAAUCAUGGGCAUUAAUAUGGAGUUGGUGCCCCCUUUGCUAUAACAGCCUCCACUCUUCUGUGAAGGCUUUCCUCUAGAUGUUGGAACAAUGCUGCGGGGACUUGCUUCCAUUCAGCCACAAGAGGAUUAGUGAUGUCGGGCACUGAUGUUGGGCGAUUAGGCCUGGCUCGCAGUCAACGUUCCAAUUCAUCCCAAAGGUGUUCGAUGGGGUUGAGUCAGGGCUCAGUGCGGGCCAGUCAAGUUCUUCCACACCGAUCUCGACAAACCAUUUCUGUAUGGACCUCGCUUUGUGCACAGGGUUAUUAUCAUGCUGAAACAGGAAAGGACCUUCCCCAAAUGGUUGCCACAAAUUUGGAAGCACAGAAUCGUCUAGAAUGUCAUUGUAUGCUGUGGUGUUAAGAUUUCCCUUCACUAGAACUAAGGAGCCUAGCCCAAACCAUGAAAAACAGCCCCAGACCAUUAUUCCUCCUCCACCAAACUUACAGUUGGCAAUAUGCAUUGGGGCAGGUAGCGUUCUCCUGGCAUCCGCCAAACCCAGAUUUGUCAGUCGGACUGCCAGAUGGUGAAGCGUGAUUCAUCACUCCAGAGAACGCGUUUCCACUGCUCCAGAGUCCAAUGGCGGCAAGCUUUACACCGCUCCAGCUGACGCUUGGCAUUGCACAUGGUGAUCUUAGGCUUGUGUGCGGCUGCUCGGCCAUGGGAACUCAUUUCAUGAAGCUCCCGACGAGCAGUUCUUGUGUUGACGUUGCUUCCAGAGGCAGUUUGGAACUCGGUAGUGAGUGUUGCAAACGAGGACAGACGAUCUUUACACGUUACGCACUUCAGCACUCAGCAGUCCCAUUCUGUGAGCUUGUGUGGCCUACCUCUUCAAGGCUGAGCUGUUGUUGCUCCUAGACAUUUCCACACUAACAGCACUUACAGUUGACCGGGGCAGCUCCAGCAGGGAAGAAAUUUGACGAACUGACUUGUUGGAAAGGUGGCAUCCUAUGACGGUGCCAUGUUGAAAGUCACUGAGUUCUUCAGUACGGGCCAUUCUACUGUCAAUGUUUGUGUAUGGAGAUUGCAUGGCAGUGUGCUCUAUUUUAUACACCUGUCAGUAACGGGUGUGGCUGAAAUAGCCUAAUCCACUAAUUUGAAAGGGUGUCCACAUACUUGUAGUGUAUAUGUAUGGUUGUGCCAUUUCAUGACGUAUCAUUGUGAUUCCCAAUUUACAGUUCUUGUCAAAUACAUGGUGGAGUAACUCUUCCAUGUCCUAUUACAUGGACCACUGCACAAUAGAAUCAGGAAAAAUGCAGUAGUGAGAACUAUGACAGAUUAUGUAGUAAAAUGCUUUGGCUGAUUCCAAGAGGAAAAUGCUUGGGAAUUGGUAUUUGUGAAGUACAGUACCAUGGUUGUUUUCAAAGGUAAUUAUUGAAGAGUUUCGUUCCAAAACGCUAUGUCCACAAAUCGUUUACAUUUGUGUUUCUUUCAUCAGAAAUGAUUGCUUAUGGCUGCCUUCAUGUGUGUGUAAAAUAUUACUGUUUUUUCAUUCAUAGAUUUUAGAUGUGUAUUAAAAUGGCUUUUGUUGCAAAACGCGAAUUAUCCAUUGUUUAGCUGGAAUGGAAUUGUCUUAUCCUGUAUAUUCGACUGAUAUGUGCUUGUCUCUCACCUAGCAAUCUUAAAAUGAAUGAAUGUAAGUCACUCUGGAUAAGAGCAUCUGCUAAAUGACAAAAAUGGCAAAUAUAAAUAUUUUAUAUACAGACCUCAUAUUACUGUAUUGAUAUCAAUAUUGAUGUCACAAAUGUAUAAUUUGUACAUUACUUUAUUAAAAAUAUAAUUAGUUGUCACAUUUGACUGUGUAAAACCUACCAGUACUACUUAUUUUUUUGAGUGAGGCUCAGGCGGAUAUAUAGCGUUUUGCAACAAAACAUGAUUAUUUGUCUCUCUGAAAUGAAACCAUCACGUGAUACUGUAGAUUUCAAACAAAUACAUGUCUGUUAUUGAACAACCCCAUGCCUUGAUUAGGUGGUGAAAAAACACAUCAAUCUCUUUCAUAAGUUCUUUAACCCUUUAACCCUAUCCUCAACCGUCUCGUUGAGCAUGUUUUGACAGAGGAUUUAGAAGUAUAAAAAGGUAUGCACUCACUAACUGUAAGUCGCUCUGGAUAAGAGCGUCUGCUACAUGACUAAAAUGUUAAAUUUUAAGUAGAUAUAAAAAAAAAUUGAUUGGUCGUCUCCCCAGCCCUCCUACAUCAAUUUACAUCAUUUGUAUCCUUUUGGGUGGCUGCAGUUCAGUGUUGUGGCACUCUAACUUUGCCCAAUCAGAGAACUGUAAGAAAACUCAAAAUCGGUCACCAAAGAUAUGGGAUAAAAGGCAGGAAAUCAGUUGGUGAGCGAUGAAUAUUGCACCAUUUCUGUUAGGAAUAAGAAUAUGGUAAAUAGUAAUAAAUAGUCAUAGAAAUAGUAAUACAAAAAAUGCUAUAAUAGAAAACUACUCUUUGUCAUGUAUGUGGGAAACGUGAUGGAAGAAUGUACAGUAGCUAAUUUGAAAUGGAAGAAAACCACUUUGGGUGAUAUUGCAUUAUACACCACCUGAAAACGCAUUCAUUUCAAUAUAAUUAAAUAUACAUUUUUGGACACACAAAAUUACCAUCAUGUGUCCAAAUUUGACAUCAGUCCUCAUUUAACAAUGCUUACCUACCUAUGACAGCCACUGAAGCAGACCUAAAGUAAUUUAUGUUAUGCAAAUUGCCCUUCUAAUGUGGCAUUGUUAAUAUGAUCCUCUUUUGACUUCUCAACCGCCUGGUAGAGAUCUAAUUUCCAAAUUGAACAUAAAGCUGAACCCCCCCUCUCCCUCGGCCACCUUCCACUUAGAUAUGCGGAAGGCCGAUAGUCGGAUGCGGUGGAAGGUGGCCAAGCUAAAGCGGUGUUUGAUAUCUCUAGCUUAAACUGACAGAUUUUGAUAGGGAUUUUCUUAUUAUGUUGCUUUGAUUGACGCACGGGUGCACGGGUUCGUCAAUAGACUCCAUCUGAAAAUGGAUAUAUAGCGUUUUGGAAUGAAACUCUUCAUAUGAGAAAUGUCUGCAGUUUCAGGGAUUGUGCUGUUCUCAUUUUCGCCAUUUUAACCAUGGACUUUUGCAUUGCAGAGAAAGAUCACAAUGACUGAGAGGUCCAAUGAGAGGUCCAUGCUUGAGAAAGAAAGACGGGUGAGAUCCUUAUCUCACUGGAUGUUUGCCUAUGGACUUUCUUUUUACUUCUCUCUUGGUCUGGUACAACUUGUCUAUUUGAUAUAUUUUAUUUUAAUAGGUCAUAGGUCAAGUCAUGGUCAGGCUGAUAGCCCAAUCAUGUUUAGUCUCAUUGUGACAUGUAUCAUCUCCUCUCUGUAGGAAACACGUGUCCUACAGAAGAAGAUAUCAGACAUGGAAGAUGAAGUGAAGGUAUCUGUCCAGUUCCAAUAAUCUUGUCUUGGAGGCAGAGCUGAGCAAUUUCCACUAGAUUAUUUAUUUUAUUUUACCUUUAUUUAACUAGGCAAGUCAGUUAAGAACAAAUUCAUAUUUACAAUGACGGCCUACACCAGCCAAACCCGGACGAUGCUGGGCCAAUUGUGCGCUGCCUUAUGGGACUCCCAAUCACGUCCGGUUGUGAUACAGCCUGGAAUCGAACCAGGGGGUCUGUAGUGAUGCCUCAAGCACUGAGCACUAAGAUGCAGUGCCUUAGACCGCUGUGCCACUCGGGAGCCAGCUGCAAAAUCAAAAUUUGCUAUAUAACGUACAAAUUAAUGAAAACAAGGUAAGUGUUAGGCAUACGGUUAGCAGUGUGGUUAAGGUUAGGGUUAAGGUUAGGGUUAGGUUCAAAAUCAGAUUGUAUGACUUUGUGGCUGUGCCAGCUAGUGACCACCCUGCAGAGCUGCCUCCAGUACAUGAGUCAUCCCAAUAAAUACCAACCUGCUUGAAGAUACUGAAUUGAUAGUGAGAGAUGUUCAAGGUUUGACCAAUUCAGGGCACUUUUCUUGUGGCUUAAUGCCAGUUCUUGUCCCUCUUGAGAACAUCUCUAAUAGACUGAACUGAGCCACAGCAGAGAGAGAACAUAUUGCCAAAACACACUCUCCACAAAGCCGCCCUGCAGACAGAUGUGACUUGGUGCUAUAGUGUUAGUCUGUCUAUCUAUUCCCUAUAAUGCACUGCUUUGUGAUGUGAUAUUCUAAGAUUACAUUGUUUGUCACCAUUAUGCCCCGUUGGCUGUGGAUUGUGAGAGUGCUUUGAUUGAUAUUCAUUGAGUGAGUACGCCAUUGAUAUUUGUCUGCAUUCACUACUGCCACAAGCAUCUGCAGUGUUCCAUACACCAGGGUACAGACAACAACCUCUUAUUAUCUCUGAAUGAGAGAUACUAUCUCUGUGGGCAAACACUGUGGGGCCAUACUUGUGAACAUUUAAAGUUAAAUGGGUUCUCCAGCUCAAAAUGCGUAUCAGGGAAUGAAAAGGCAUCGAUUUACUUGCACGUGAUAGAAGGCUCGAUUGUAGGGGAGGGUUUGGCCGGCAGGGAUGUGGGUUCGUUUCCCACGGGGGGCCAGUAUGGGGGGAGAAAAAAAUUAAUAAAUAAAUAAUAAUAAUAAUAAAAUAAAAAAUAAAAAAACGUAUGCAUUCACUAACUGUAAGUCGCUCUGGAUAAGAGCGUCUGCUAAAUGACUAAAAUGUAAAUGUAAAUGUAGAUGGUCCCAUCAGAUAACAUGGCACACGUUAGCCCUAUGCAAACCUCAACAGGUGGUACUGAUUUUAUACUGGCACAACAUUUUCAUUAGCCUAUGAAAGAUCUUAGACUUUAUAUCCACCGAUCAAUGGCAUUUCUUAAAAUAGUUCAACCCUGGCCACUAGAGGGGUAUUUUAAACCUACAAAUUCAAGGUUUACUUGUUCUGUUAGUCUGUAACAAAAUGUAAUGUGCCAAUAUUGAACUGAUGCAUCCUUGACUAGGCUUACUAGUGGUAGACUAGUAAGCCUAUAUGACAAAAUCCAAUGUUUUUGUUGAUCAAUUUCACACAUCCAUGUGCUUUUAUGGGAAAGCUGAAGAGCUUUAUGGAUUUGUCAGAUAGUAGCCAUAUCAUUGUCAUCAUCACUUCUCUGUGGUACACGCUGCUAAAGUGGUUGACUUGCAAUCGAUAGUGUACUUUAACCGUGGGUUUGAACCCCCCUCGCUUUUUUGUUGAGGAAAACACUGUUCACUGCCAGUCCUUAUGCUCGAUUCAAAACGAAUGUGACGAAGUGGAUCAAUAUAACAAUGCAUAGCGGUUAGCCUGCAUGUAAGUGUAGCCUACAUAAGAAUAUACUAAUGACAGCCAACUGUCUUCCUACAUUAAGAAUGUCGAUUUCGAGUCCUGCAGACUCGCAAUUAAAUUUAUUUAAAAGAACUGCAAUACUGCCAUUGGUAGGAUGAUAACGAGAGUGCAAAUUACCUACUGUACACAUUGUAAUGCUAAUCUUUUUUGAAUCUACUAACCUGUGACAAAGUAGAUAAAAAAUGCAUAUAAAACAUUGUAGGCCUACAUUUAGGUGUACACGUCCAUGUAAUAUAGCCUAUUCAAUAUGAUUAUUAGCCAAUAGCAGUGUGUUUGUGUGCAAGGCUGAAGAAAGAGGUAGCUCCUUAUUCAAUUCAUUCAUAAUCUUCAUUUUCAAGCUGUUUGCUGUAGGCAUCCCUUUUCAACACACUAUAUAAUCAGUGCCACCUGUUGAAGUUAGCAUAGGGCUAACGUGUGCCAUGUUUUCUGAUGGGACAAGCUACAAUUUUAGCAUUUGUCACAGUAAAUCAACGAUUUUAAUUGACUAAUACACAUUUUGAGCUGGAGAACCCAUUUAACUGAAUGGUUGCUUAUGUUUGAAAGUAUGGCCCCAGUUGACUCGGAGGAGAGAUGGGUGAUGAAUGUGUUAGUCAUUGUCAUUUGUUCUGUAUAUCACAUUUGGACUGCAAUAUUUAGUAAAUCACCUUGAAUUGGUAUACUUUCAACUUUUAGCUUUUCCUUUAACAAACAUAACAUCUACACACUGUACUAUUUCAAUAACCCCAACCCCAACCCUAAUCCUCCUCUGUUUGCUUGUUGUCUGCUGUCCUCCACAGAUCCAGACAGAGCUGAAGAAUGAGAACCAGAGACUGAAGGACGAGAACGUAGCCUUAAUCCGGGUCAUCAGUAAACUGUCUAAGUGA